AUGGCCACUUCGUCGUCGAGCAGCUGGCUGCGCGUGCUCCUCCUCGCCGCCGCCGUCGCGGUGGUGGCCGCGAGGCACCACCACCCCGGGUUCGAGAAGAUCUUCGAGGUGCAGGAGGCGGACCGGGUGGAGAUGCUGCCGGGGCAGACGGAGCAGGUGGGCUUCCGGCACUUCUCCGGCUACGUGACGGUGAACGAGACCCACGGCCGCGCCCUCUUCUACUGGCUCUACGAGGCCACCCACGACGUCGCCAAGAAGCCCCUCGUCCUCUGGCUCAACGGAGGACCUGGAUGCUCGUCCGUGGGGUACGGAGCGAUGAUGGAGCUUGGCCCCUUCUUGAUCCAGAAGGGAAAGCCCGAGAUUGCCUUGAAUCCCCACUCAUGGAACAAAGAGGCCAACAUGCUGUUCUUGGAGUCCCCUGCCGGCGUUGGCUUCUCCUACACCAACACCACCGCCGAUCUCGGCCAGUUCGGCGACAACCUCACUGCCCAUGACGCGUACUCUUUCCUCGUGAACUGGCUGGACAAGUUCCCGCAGUUCAAGGGCCACGACCUGUACAUCGCCGGCGAGAGCUACGCCGGCCACUACGUGCCCCAGCUCGCCGAGAAGAUCGUCCACAUGAACAAGAAGGCGUCGCGGGCGCACAAGAUCAACCUCAAGGGGAUCCUGAUCGGGAACGCCGCCAUCGACGCCAGCUCCGACGACCGCGGCCUGAUCAACUACGCCUGGGACCACGCCGUGGUCUCGGACGAGGUCUACACCGCCGUCAAGAACAACUGCAAGUUCCCUGACGACGGCAUGGAGAGCGACGCCUGCGACCGCGCCUGGAACGACUUCUUCAACGCCAUGAACGACAUCGACCUUUACAGCCUCUACACCCCCUCCUGCACCAAAUCCAUGGUCAACUCCACCGCCUCCCCCCGCCGCCGCUCCAAGCUCGCCGGCACCGGCACGCCGCUGGGGAAGCUGCACCGCGGCGGCAGGCCCUACUACAACGCGUACGACCCCUGCGGGGACUACCACAUCCUCGACUACAUGAACCGCGCCGACGUGCAGAAGGCGCUGCACGCCAACGUCUCCGGCGCGAUCCCGUACCGUUGGGAGCCGUGCAGCGACGCGCUGACCAACUGGACGGACGCGCCGGCGUCAACCCUGCCGGCCAUCGGCAAGCUUGUGAAGGACGGUAUACGGGUGUGGGUGUUCAGCGGCGACACCGACGACCGCGUGCCCGUGACCUCGACGCGGCUCGCGCUGAAGAAGCUCGGGCUCGCGACGAAGAAGGGGUGGAGGGAGUGGUUCACCAGCGACCAGGUGGGCGGGUACACGGUGGUCUACGACGGGCUCACCUUCGUCACCGUCCGCGGCGCGGGGCACAUGGUGCCCAUGAUCACGCCGGUGCAGGCCAGGCAGGUCUUCGCGCACUUCCUCACCGGCGAGGAGCUCUCUGCCAAGGCCAUUGUCGCUUAG